CUUGUUAUUUCGACAUCACAACCUGCCAGAAUGGCUGAGGCAAAGCCAGGUGAACAGAAGUUGCAUAUCACAGAGCAAGCCAUCACUCUUGGUAACUGGCACCAGCAUGUCAACUGGGUUAACACAACUCUCAUCUUGAUUGUGCCUCUAGGAGGUUGCUUCGCGGCAUUUUACACAGAGCUUCGGGCAGCUACUGCUGCCUGGGCAGUUCUCUACUACUUCUGGACCGCACUAGGCAUCACUGGCGGAUACCAUCGUCUGUGGGCACAUCGGUCGUACGAAGCAUGUCUACCCUUAAGGAUAUUCUUGGCAUGUGGCGGCGCCGGUGCUGUGCAAGGGUCGAUCCGGUGGUGGAGCAGCAAGCACAGAGCGCACCACAGAUGGACAGACACGGCCAAGGACCCCUAUAGCGUGAUGAAGGGGGCUUGGUAUGCACACUUUAUGUGGAUGGUCUUGAAGCAGAACCCCAAGAACAAUGGAAGAACGGAUAUCUCUGACUUGAACGAAGACCCUGUCGUUGUGUGGCAGCACCGGAAUUAUGGAUAUCUGAUCCUGACCUUUGGAAUGUUGUUUCCAAUGAUCGUAGCUGGAUUGGGCUGGGGUGAUUGGAAGGGUGGUCUGAUAUAUGCAGGCAUUCUUCGCUUUUUGUUUGUCCAGCAAGCGACUUUCUGUGUCAAUUCUCUUGCCCACUGGUUGGGUGAGCAGCCAUUUGACGACAGAAACUCCCCUCGCGAUCAUGUUAUUACUGCGCUGGUCACUCUAGGCGAGGGCUACCACAACUUCCAUCACGAGUUCCCCUCCGAUUACCGCAAUGCGAUUGAGUGGUGGCAGUAUGACCCUACCAAGUGGUCUAUUUGGGUAUGGAAGCAACUCGGUCUCGCAACCAACCUCAAACAAUUCCGCGCCAACGAAAUCGAAAAGGGCCGCGUGCAACAACUACAAAAGAAGGUCGACCAGGAACGCGCCAAGCUCGACUGGGGCGUUCCUUUGCAGCAAUUGCCUGUUGUAGACUGGGACGAUUAUCUCGCCGAGGCUCAAAGCGGCAAAGCUCUGGUUGCUAUUGCUGGUGUUGUUCACGAUGUGACCGAGUUUAUCAAGGAGCACCCUGGUGGCAAGUCUCUUAUUGCAUCCGCUAUUGGAAAGGAUGCCACUGCCUUGUUCAACGGUGGUGUCUAUAUGCACUCUAAUGCUGCUCACAACCUUCUUUCUUCGAUGAGGGUUGGGGUGAUUCGCGGUGGAGGAGAAGUUGAGAUUUGGCGGCAUUACAACAAGGAAGCAAAUUAA